UUGCCGGCGUGGUGCGUUUUCUUGACAUUCUUCGCCUGAGCUGCGUUCGACCGCAAACAUGUCCAACAGAAACAACAACAAGCUGCCCAGCAACCUGCCGCAGUUACAGAACCUGGUGAAGCGGGACCCGCCCGCGUACCUGGAAGAGUUUCUGCAACAGUACAACCACUACAAAUCCAAUGUGGAAAUUUUCAAAUUGCAACCAAAUAAACCUAGCAAAGAACUGGCAGAGUUGGUGAUGUUCAUGGCACAGAUUGGUCACUGCUAUCCAGAACACUUAAGUAACUUUCCUCAGGAGCUGAAAGAUCUUCUCUCCUGCAAUCACACUGUGUUGGAUCCAGAUCUUCGAAUGACAUUUUGCAAGGCUUUGAUCUUACUAAGAAAUAAGAAUCUCAUCAAUCCUUCAAGCUUAUUAGAACUCUUCUUUGAACUUCUGCGUUGCCAUGAUAAGUUGCUGCGAAAGACUUUAUACACACAUAUUGUGACUGACAUCAAGAACAUAAAUGCAAAACACAAGAACAAUAAAGUGAACGUGGUAUUACAAAAUUUCAUGUACACCAUGUUAAGAGACAGCAAUGCAACUGCAGCUAAGAUGUCAUUGGAUGUGAUGAUUGAACUCUACAGAAGGAAUAUCUGGAAUGAUGCCAAAACAGUCAAUGUUAUCACAACUGCUUGUUUCUCAAAGGUCACCAAGAUAUUAGUUGCUGCUUUGACAUUCUUCCUUGGGAAAGAUGAGGAGGAGAAACAGGGCAGUGAUUCAGAAUCUGAGGAUGAAGGACCAAAAGCCAGAGACCUGCUCGUGCAGUAUGCCACGGGAAAGAAAAGCUCCAAAAACAAGAAGAAAUUGGAAAAGGCGAUGAAAGUGCUUAAGAAACAAAAGAAGAAGAAAAAACCAGAGGUGUUUAAUUUUUCAGCUAUUCACUUGAUUCAUGAUCCCCAAGAUUUCGCAGAAAAACUGCUGAAGCAGUUGGAGAGCUCUAAGGAGAGGUUCGAAGUGAAGAUGAUGCUCAUGAACCUCAUCUCCAGACUAGUGGGAAUUCAUGAGCUUUUCCUCUUCAACUUCUAUCCCUUCCUCCAAAGGUUUCUGCAGCCACACCAAAGAGAAGUAACCAAGAUCCUUCUGUUUGCUGCACAAGCAUCUCAUAACCUCGUGCCCCCAGAGAUCAUUCAGUCCUUGCUUAUGACUGUGGCCAACAAUUUUGUUACUGACAAGAACUCUGGGGAAGUCAUGACAGUAGGAAUCAAUGCUAUUAAAGAGAUAACUGCUCGAUGUCCUCUAGCCAUGACCGAAGAACUUCUCCAAGACCUGGCUCAGUAUAAAACACAUAAAGAUAAGAAUGUGAUGAUGUCUGCUAGAACUUUGAUUCAGCUCUUCCGAACACUGAAUCCUAAGAUGUUACAGAAGAAAUUCCGGGGUAAACCAACAGAAGCCUCCGUAGAAGCAAGAGUACAAGAAUAUGGAGAACUAGAUGCAAAAGAUUACAUUCCAGGAGCAGAAGUUCUGGAAGUUGAAAAAGAAGAGAGUUCUGAAAACGAUGAAGAUGGCUGGGAAAGCGCCAGUCUCAGUGAAGAGGAUGACAGCGAUGGGGAGUGGGUUGAUGUACACCACUCCUCUGAUGAGGACCAGCAAGAAAUUGCCAAUAAGCUAAACAGCAUGCCCAUGGAGGAGCGGAAAGCCAGAGCCGCGGUUGUCAGCACUAGCCGAGUUUUGACACAAGAAGACUUUCAGAAGAUCCGCAUAGCCCAAAUGAGAAAGGAACUGGAUGCGGCCCCUGGGAAAGCCCCAAAGAGGAAAUAUAUUGAAAUAGACAGUGAUGAGGAGUCCAGGGGUGAGCUACUUUCUCUUCGGGAUAUUGAAAGACUUCAUAAAAAACCCAAGUCUGACAAGGAGACAAGACUAGCAACUGCAAUGGCUGGAAAGACAGACCGAAAAGAAUUUGUGAGGAAGAAAACCAAAAUGAAUCCAUUUUCUAGUUCCACAAAUAAAGAGAAGAAAAAACAGAAGAACUUCAUGAUGAUGAGAUAUAGCCAAAAUGUCCGGUCCAAAAAUAAACGUUCUUUCCGAGAUAAACAGCUGGCACUUCGCGAUGCACUUCUGAGGAAGAGAAAAAGAAUGAAGUGAUCUCCAACUAACUUUUUCUUUCCAAUGGGAAGGCUACAUAUGAGCUAUUACUGUGAAAAUUAAUAACCAGUAAUGUUUGUUUACAUUAAAAAGUCCAGACACACUGUACUAUGAAAACCCAGAAAACUUGGUAGCAUUUGAUGCUUUUAUUUUGGACCUGGUUAGUGGUAGGAGGCUUGAAAUCGGAAAGUAGUGGUAGUGUAAAAAUUAUUUACAUUUAGUUUUUUUGCAGAAAGUGAAGUGCCUUCUCGUCACUGAAGUGAGAAAUGAAUGAGCUGUAAACUGUGUGUGUGUGUGUGUGUGUGUGUGUGUGUGUGUUUCACAGGACCAUCUAAAUAGUUCUAUGAUGACCGGUUCUUGUGAACCUGACAUGUCCUGUGGGAUUGUGUAACUUGCAGAUUAACUGCAGGGGGUAGGAAUUAGGUAUUUUUAAACCAAGCAAGGAAUGUUAUAGGAGUAAGGUUCUCAUAAAUAGGCUUACCUGUUGCAGACGAAGUCUCUACUGCAUAGAUUUUGUAAGCAUUUUAGUUUUUUAGUUUAUCCUUAAGAGUUUAAUAUUUUUCAAAUGCCCUGUACAGUCUCUGCAUUUAAGACCUCAAUUUUUAAAUUGCCUCAAGUGUAUAUAGUAAUAUUGAGGUAUCUUUCAUUCACCACUUGGUUCCCCUCUCUUCCAUUGAUGUUAGUUCCCCCAGUUUCCCUUCACCCUCUAAUUAAUUGUCUAAGCUCAUUUGUCUUAAUUAGUAGGUUAUUGUGAGGGGAGAAGGGGUCUGAGCUGCACUUUGCAGUUUUCAGGAAUACUCCCUGCUCAGUGCUUAAGGAAUACAUUCUCCUUUCAGUGCUCAGAGUACCAUGCAGCUCCACCAUCAAACUUGGGCCAUCCCCACAAGAGCAUGCACAACCCAUUAAGUCAUCUUCAUGGCCUGACAAAAGGUUUCUAGUGUCAUAAAGCACUCUUUCUUGGUCCAGAGAGUUAGUUCAGCAGGUAAAGUAUUUGUCUUGCUUGCAGCUGUCCCAGGUUCAAUUUCUGGCACCACAUGUGGGCCCCUGAGCACUGCUAUGAAUGAAGCCUAAAACACAGUCAGGAGUAAACCCUGAUUAGGCACAGCCAAAUAUGGUCCAAAACUCCAGAGUAAAUAAAUAAACUUAUUUAAGAGUACUCUUU